UCGAUCAAUCGAAAAAGAAAAAGGGAAGGAAAAAAAGCUUAAAAAGAGAAAUUUACAAAUCCAAGCCCUGACUUUCUCGUGUUCUCUCAUCUCACACACUUCCUUCGAUCCUGGUAGCUCGUCUUCAAUUUUAAAUUUUUUGAUGCGAAGAACAAAAUCCCAGUUUUCUCCCUCAACUUCCGCAGCUUAGCACAGAAACCUAGAAACUCUCAUUUCGAUUUUGAUUAGGAGCUUUAAUUGGGGUUCAGUGUUUGGAAUGCUAUGCUUAUUCACGAUGUGCUGACUUUUGCGUGAAUAUCCUGUUGGUCCAGAUCUAAAUGAAUGAUCGUAUUUGAUCUCGGGAAUUACCGGCGAGAAGUUCUGGUGGCCGUGAUAUUGUAAUAUUUUGUUUUAGGUAUUUGGGGGUUUUAUUUGUAGAUUUAUUUUUGAUAAAAGAAUGGUGUAGCUUAAUAUCAGGUUUAUCUUCAUUAAAACUAGCUGUCUUUUUUAACUUUGGAUUUGGCGUUAGCUGAUGAUGAUGAGGCUGUGAUUAUGGAGCAUUUAAGAACUUGUGUUUGGGAUAAGAUAUACGGGAAUUGAUUAGCAGAUUCAAAAUUUUGAGUUCUUGAGGAGUGAGUUUCUUGGAGAGGCAGCUAGAGCUAAACUGUUUUGAAGAGUAUUUUGUAUAUACUCAUCUUUAAAUUUGUGUAGAAAUGAGCUUAGAAAAUGAAGAACAGAAUUCAUUAGGUCCGCCUGCGGAUAUCAGUAAGGAAUCUCAAAAGAAAUACAGAAUUUCAUAUACCAGAGAUUUUUUGCUUUCAUUUAGUGAACUGGAUGUUUGCAAAAAGUUACCCCCAGGAUUCGAUAAAUCAACUUUGAGUGAUUUUGAGGAUACGUCACAAGAUCGUCAAAGAAUUCCUGGCACCUUCUCAGGUUACAGGCAUAAUGAAUAUAGUUCAUCACCACCUACAAGAGGGGAAUCGGGUAAUUAUUCCCGGGGUCUUCAUGGACGGUGGGACAGUCGCUCCAGUGGAAAGAGUGAUAGAGAUAGUGAUACCCAAUCUGAUUGGGACUCUGAUCAUGGACGACACCAUGGUUAUCAAUCCCGUCGAUCUUGGCAAGGUCCUGAGCAUGAUGGGCUUCUGGGGAGUGGUUCUUUUCCUCGACCUUCUGGAUUUACAGCAGGAGCUUCUGCGCCAAAGUUUCGAGCUAGUGAUCAAUACCAUCUAAAUAAAAGUAAUGAGCCAUACCAUCCACCCCGCCCUUAUAAGGCUCUACCUCAUUCAAGGAGAGAAACUAAUUACUCUUUUAAUGAUGAAACAUUUGGUUCCAUUGAGUGCACUAGUGAAGAUAAGGCAGAAGAGGAAAGAAAAAGAAGAGCUUCCUUUGAGUCAUGGAGGAAGGAACAGCAGAAGGCAUUCCAGGAGAAGAAGAUUAAUCCUGAAAGACGUAAAGAUGACUUCGAUCUUUCUGAAUUGCUAGUGGACUCCAAAGAUGAUAAAGGACCUGCAAACAGAAGCAUGGAAUCAGAUGAACCUAUUCUGGCAUCAAAUAUUGUUUCAGAAAAAUCGUCUCAUCCCGUACAAACUCCUGCUUCCAGACCGCUUGUACCACCUGGUUUUGCAAGUACAGGAUUGGAGAAGACUUUUGGAACCAAAACUUCAAUGCAACCCCGUUCUUCACAGGUUGGGAGUUCUGAGAUUGAAGGAAACCUUUCGGAGUCCAAAGGCAGCCUUCUCUUUAAUGGGAUUUCUGAUGAUCUUCCAGCCAAACAGUCUAAACAGCAUGAAGAGGAAACUUCAAGUGAACAGAGGCUUGAAAGUAAAAUCAUUCACCUUUUAGACAAUAAUAAGAGUGCAAAGGCUCCAAAUUUCUCAUCAGCUUUAGAUAAUGAGACAAUAAGCAAGGACUCUCGUAUAUACAAUAGUUCUUGUCUUUCAGAAGCCUUUGUAGCCCCAGAAAGCAUUGGAGUUACUGAACUUGAUUCCAAGAAGCUAGCAGCAGAUAAAAUGUUGACUGAAACCAGUCAAAAUGGUUCAACUUCAAUUCUAGACAAGAUUUUUGGCAGUGUUGUAAUAGCAGAUGGAGGUGGCUCAACUAAUUUCACUGAGCCUAAUGAUAGCAAUGCUGACAAGACAUGGUCCCUUGACAGUUCCCAUUCUUCUAAAUUUGCUCAUUUGUUUCUUGAUGAAGAGAAGAAAUCAAUGGAUGAUCUUUCCCAUCACAGGCCUAAAGACUUGCUCUCCUUAAUUCAGGGUGGUGAGAAAGGUGGUUCCCAUGAUAGGAUGGUUACUAAGCAUGUAGCGCCAAACUUUCCAUUUCAAAACUCUGAACUUGGGGACAGACAUGUUAGAUCAAAUUUGACGACUAUGGGAAUUGUGAACUCUGAGCAAUCAUGGAAUAUUAAUGAUGUUAAUAACUCAGCAGCGGUUCCAGCAGUCCUUACAUGUGAGGAUCUUGAAAAGUCUAUUCUGUCAGAAAGCUCUGAAAAUGAUCCGAGUUUGCCUCCUGUUGAAAGAUGGAAAAUUCCUGAUGGCAAAUGUGAGAAGCAAGAAGUUAAUGUCAACAAUCAUGCAUCCCAGCACCUUCUUUCAUUAUUACAAAAUAAAACAAGUACAAACACUACAUUAUCAUCUGCCAAUGAUGAUAUAAGGCCUUCAGAAAUGGUGCAAACUACUGAAACACCAACUGGUGACAUGGCAUCUUGUCAUUCGAUAUAUACAAAUACAGAAAAUGCUUCUGGUUCAGGUAAGAGUCCAACUCUUGAAGCACUUUUUGGAAGUGCUUUCAUGAAGGAACUACAAUCAGUUGGAGCACCAGCUUCUGUUCAGAGGGGUUCAAUAGAGUCUGCAAGAGUUGAUGGAUUUGAAUCUAACAGGCUUCCCCUUAACGUCGCAGAUGAUAUCAUUCUCCCAUCCACUGAUAACCCUGUGUCAAACAGGACUAAUUUUGAAAAAAAUCUUUUACCAUUUACUCAAAGAGAACAAAUGAAAGCUGAUGGCAUUGAAGGGCAUUUAUUAGGCUUUAAUGGUGCUCCAUCUGCAGUGGAAUCGUCACAUCUCCGAGCUGGAUUAGGAUCUAAACUUGGUGGUUUUGAUGGAUCUGCUGAAAUUGGGCUUACUGAAGGGGACAGUUUGCUUGGUGUUGGUAAUCCUGUGGAACUCCAGAAUUUCAUGGCUGGUAGUGUAAAAGCAGAGUUAUUGCCCUCCCAAGAGACACCUAAUGGUGUAGCUGAGAAACUUGCAGCUUUAAAGGCUGUCUUCCAGGAUGAAAGACCUGUUGUUGGAGGGAAAGAAGGUCCAACUUUUCUUCCCGGUCCCUAUGAUAUGAGGGAGCCAGAUAGUCCAUUUCGUAACCAAAUUAUCCAUGCAUCUUCUCAAAACCUUCAUCCUCAGUUGAAUCAUGGAGGUCCUUUGUUUCAUUCAUUAGAUUCACAUCCUUCUAACAUCAGUUCUCAGAUGAAGUUCAUGGCUCCAGAAGGCAUCAUCCAUCAUGAUGCCCCACUAAAUCAUCAAUUUCCUGCGACUAUGUUUCGUCCUGUCCAUCAUCAUAGCAGUGAACUACCUGGAUUUGAUCCUCCAAUUCAUCAUCCUAUGUUACAACAAAUGCAGAUGCCUGGAAACCUCCCUCCACUGAACUUGCAACGAGUAUUUCCUGGUGUUGCACAGUUGCCACCUCAUUCAAAUAAUGAGAUGACUGGUAUUCUACAAGAAUUGAAUCCAAUGCUUGGUUUUCCAUUGGGGCAUGGUCACCGGCAGCACCAACCCAACUUUGCUGGUCUUGGGAUGCCUCCAGGUCAUGACGUUGCCAGGAUGAGCCCUUUCAGUGCGUCUGGCCGUAGCCAAGGCCAAGAGAUUUAUUGUCACGAGCUAGACAUGGGUUUUCAGUCUAGAUAAUGGCUUCUUGUGGUUUUGCCUUGUCCCCCAAUGGAUUGUUUCUCUCCGAGAAUUAUGGGCUUGAUUUUCUUAAUUAUGGAGGGAUUAUUAUGGCUUACUUUAAUUAAAACGAUCAUUAUCAUACUUGAAAUUGGUAUUUUGGUUGCAAUUGCUCCUUUGUUCCUUCUUUUGUUUUCUGUCUUUCUGGUAUAUUAUUAUUCUAAGCAAGCUCUU